UCUUAUUCGAUAUUCAGCUAUGCGCCCGGACGGACCCGUCAUCCAUCGGACCCAGUUUAUUGAUUAGGACGAAACAUUACCCUAUGGACUUUGCAUUGGAGAUCCUUUCGGUCGUCGUUUAGCUGUGAAUCAUGCUGAAGAAUAACGGAAAGAAGACCGCGAUCAGCGUGGUCAGCACGGCGUGCCUGUGCCUGCUGCUGCUGCUGGUCGCCGUGCAGCAUCACCGGGGCCAGCCGGAGGAGGGGGCGCGCGGCGCGGAGGACGCCGCCGGGACGCGCUCCCUCCUCCAGGAGGCCGCGGACGACGCGCGGCCCGAGGGCGCGCAGGUCAACGCGGGAUUCUCGGCGUACUUCACCAGGCUGACGCGCGGGCGCAGGGAGGCGGAGAGGCCCGCGCGGUCCCGGGCGUCCGGCGCGCCGCCGCCGGCCGAGGACAUCGGCGCCGACGACAUCUUCAUCGCCGUGAAGACCACCAAGAAGUUCCACCGGCCCAGGCUGAACCUGCUGCUGGACACCUGGAUCUCCAGGAACGUGCAACAGACUUACAUCUUCACCGACGGAGAAGACGAGGAGCUGAAAAGGAAAAUGGGGAGUCAUGCAAUCAACACCAACUGCUCCGCGGCUCACAGCCGACAAGCUCUGUCCUGCAAGAUGGCGGUGGAAUAUGACAAGUUCAUAGAGUCGGGGAAAAAGUGGUUCUGUCACGUCGACGACGACAACUACGUGAAUGUUCGGACUCUUGUGAAGCACCUGUCCCAGUACCCCCACACCCAGGACAUGUACAUCGGUAAACCCAGCCUGGACCGGCCCAUAGAGGCCACGGAGAGGCUGGGGGACAACAAGAUGAAACCAGUCAACUUCUGGUUUGCUACCGGAGGAGCGGGCUUCUGCGUGAGCCGGGGUCUGGCACUGAAGAUGAGCCCGUGGGCAAGCGGCGGCCACUUCAUGAACACGGCGGAGAAAAUCCGUCUGCCCGACGACUGCACCAUCGGCUACAUCAUCGAGUCGGUGCUGGGGGUCCCGCUGACGCGCAGCAACCUGUUCCACUCCCACCUGGAGAACCUGCAACAGGUGUCGCGCUCUGAGAUUCACAAGCAGAUCACCCUCAGUUAUGGGAUGUUCGAAAACAAGAGCAACAUCAUCAAUUUGAAAGGGGCUUUCCCCGUGGAGGAGGAUCCAUCCAGGUUCAAGUCUGUGCACUGUCUCCUGUAUCCUGACACCCCAUGGUGUCCACCCCAGGUUGCCUUUUAGGGCGACUGCUCCUUUCUCAUCCUCGUCCCCAUCGCGCCUCGGUAUCUGAAAGGCUCGAGGGGACCAGUGUUUAGUAUUAGACCGCGCGGCUGCUGUUGCUGCAGUGGCGCGCGGCCUUUAAUAGUUUUACUGGGCUGCUGUGCGGCCCGUUUUUUGGGACUAUUUCUUCCCGUCCGGAUCCAGGAGCCCCGCCCCCACGCGAUGGGCGGGGGACUCCAGCUCCCGGCAGGAGGCGGCUUUCAGCUUUGCAGGCAAUCAUUUGGGCUUUGUGAUGUAUAUGUUGCUUGUAAAUGUAUCUGCAAUUCUCAUAGAAUGUAUUGUCAUAUAUACAAGCCUUUUUGCCAGCUUUUUACAUUAACAUGUGUUAUUUUUAGCUUUCAAAAAUGCCAUUCAGGUCCACGGUAUGUAAUUUGUUUUUAGCCAGGAAUUUUUGCUACGAUCUUUUGAUUCAGAUGACUCCGGACGAACGCUCCAGUAUGAAGUUGUUUUUUUGUGCUUUUAAGUUAACAGUGUUAUAUUUUUUUUCUCUCAAACCUGAGCUGGCAAUAUAGGCAGAUUUCCAAAAGCAUCCUUUGGCGACCCAAUCUGAGGUAUAUCAGGAAAAAGCACUUUUCCCUUUUUUAAUUUUUUUAUUUCUGGGGGUGAACUGACCUAAUUUACGUCCUUGACAUUCCUCAGAUUGGUGUCCAAACGAAAAGAAAAGAAUUUAUAUUAGCCCCUCAAAAUCUCAACAUCUAUUCAUUGUGUAUUUUUAUUUAAUAACGCUCCUUGCAUUUGUCACAAUCAGGGAAGAAUAAUGGGUGUAGGAGAUUUUGAUUCGGGGUUACAAUCAGCUUUUGAAUCGCUUUGGGAAAAAAAGAAGAUGUUUGUUUUUUGUUUGAUGAUUGCACAGCUGAAUUUCAAAUGAGCGCUGACGUUUGCUCCUGAGAAGACGCUUCACCUCAAAAGGCUCAGCGGCGGAGAGUUACUGACUUUAAGCUCGAGACCGAGAACCCAAAAUAGUAAAAGAAACAGCAGUUUGAACCGUGGUAUGCAAAUAAUAACCACGUGCGUAAUCCGAGCCACCGUCUGUAAGAGUUUGCACAAAGGACUGAUGAGCCUCUCUGCUGGCAUUAUUAUUAUUAUUAUUAUUAUUAACAUGAAUUCUUCUUUAUUUACACAUAAUAUUGGCUGGUUACUGUUGAGGCCUGUGAGGUGAAGACUUAGCAGGAGCAACAUCGGUGUUUCCACAUGGAGGUGAUUGUUCCCUCCGUGUUAUCUCUCACCCAUAUUGGGUUUUGCUGUACAUCUGGAUUACAGUAUUGUGUACUGUGCCUUUUUAAAUGAGUAGUUACUGUAUAUGCUUAGGAUGUAAUUUCCCCCGCCCUUCGUGGUUUACAUAAUGCUUUUAAUGACCUGGACACGAUUGUUGUACUGCUUUGGACUGUGUGUGACGAUUCAACCGUGCUGUUUAUUCUCCAGUAUCUGGAGGGGUUCGUGCAGUUCAUUCCCUAUUCUGGCUUCUCAGGAAAUUAUGAGCCUGAUCGUGGUAUCAGCUUCUUUCGGGACCCACAGUGGGACCUGGAACUCUGAAUAAAAGUGCAUAACCACUGAGAAACUUUG